AUGCUAUCAGAAACUCUCAAACUAUGGAGGGAAGAACUUAAUGCAAAUUGUGAUACAGAAUUUUUUAAACAAUAUAAUGAAGCAGAUGACUACAAUAUUCUGCAUAAAUUAGAAGGUUUACAGGAAGCGACAAAUAACGAACAAAUAAGUCAUCCACAAGCAGUGUACACAAGCAGAAUUAUAGAAAUUUCAGAUAUAGUAUCGUCUAAAAUUGAUCAUGAUUGUAGUUAUGAUGCUGAAGAUUCAAUGAAUUUUCAAAUUGAUGAUCAUGAUAUCGAUUUUGAAGAUGAAGAUGAAGAUGGUAUUUAG